GAACACAAUAAAAUCAAACUGAGGUUUUUGAUUUGACAUUUCCAUAAAUCGAUCCCAAGCAACAAGAUUUACAGCAGCCCGGCAGGUAGGGGAUAUUGCAAAAUCACAUCCUCAAGACCUGAGCUCUCUAUUAAGUAAAGUUUCUCAGUAUCUCCGCAGUAAAAACUGGGAUACAAGGGUUGCUGCAGCUCAUGCUAUUGGGGCUAUUGCAGGGAAUGUUAAGCAUACAACAUUGACUGAACUAUAUAGUUGUGCUGAGACAAAGAUGUCAGGGGCUGGAAUUUCUGGUAUUGUGGAAGAUGUGGUGGCAUGGCCUAACUUUGGUUCUAAAAUUGUAGUAAGCAGUUCGUUUAGAAGCUUUGAUAUUAACGAGGAUUUAGAGUUUGGCGCUUUAUUGGCAUCUGGGGGACAGGUUUGGAUAUGUGUGAGCAGUUCAUGGAUGUCAAUGACAUGAUAAGACAUGAAGACCUUAUUGAGCACAAAUUUAACUCCCAUGGGAAUGGGGUACCCCAUCAAUUUUAUACUCAACAUUCUGUACACAAUGUCCGGCAACUAGUUUCAAAUAUGGUACCCAGUUACAAAUCUAGAAGGCCUAGUGCUAGGGAACUGAAUCUUUUAAAACGAAAAGCAAAAAUAAGUUCGAAAGAUCAAACGAAAGGUUGGUCUAAGGAUGGAGAUGUGGAGAUAACAUACUGUCAAGAUAUGAUGUCGCCAAAGGGCUUUUGUCCAGAUUCAUCAAUCUCUAAUAAGCCAUUUUCGGAUCCUAUUCCUGAUGAAGACAACUUUGAGCAUGAUGGAGAUGGAUGUUGGCCUUUCCAUAAUUAUGUCGAACAACUCAUUGUUGAUAUGUUUGUUCCUGUUUGGGAGGUUUGCCAUGGUAGUGUCAUGGCUCUACGAGAAAUUUUAACCCAUCAGGGUGCUUGUGCGGGAGUUUAUAUGCUUGACCUGAGUUCUGAUGAUCCAUUUUCUGAAACAAAAGAUAAAGGAAGAGAAAUUGAUUUGAAUAUGCAAGUGCUAGCAGAUGAGAUUGAGCCAAACCUGAAGUGGCCGAAGGUUGAAGAUUCAUCGUCUCCAUUAAUGGUUACAAGUACAAUAAUCUUUGCCAGUGGGGAUGAUAAGUUUGAUGCCUGUGUAAAGGCUGAAGAUAGUGAAAGGAAUUUGUCUGCUGCAGCAACUAAUGGUGAACUUAAUUUUAGUUUUGUUAAGAUAGAGCCUCAAUCAUGCAUUGAUGGUCAUGAAGAUCCGGAUAUGGCUAAGGCAAAGGGUUCCUGUGAAGAUAAUUGUUCAAUAGGGAAGAUGAAUACACUGAAAAGUCUUCCUGAAAAUUGUGUGCUGAUGAACUUGGUUAAAGUGACUAGGCAUUCUUGGCUUAAAAAUUGUUAAUUUCUUCAAGACUGCGAUUCGUUUCUUGUGUGUAUUGUCACUAGACCGGUAUGAAUUUGUUUUUCCAUUGGGUUCCAGUCAUGAACUUUAGUUUCUUAUUGAUUUUUUCUGUUAGCUGAUAGGAAUUGACACCUGUCCAUAAUAAUAAUCUAU